AAAAUCGAUAAAUCGCAAUUCACGCCACGCCACUGAAAUUGACGCGUUACAUCUUAUAACCAAAAACAUUCCCUUUCACCCCUCCAAGAAGGUUGAUAAAAUUAACUACAAGAUAAGCAAAAACCUCUCUUAAAUUCUCAGGGUCCACCAAGACCACAUAUGUCCAAAAACUUACUCUGUAAGGUUUAAAAAAAGGGGAAAAAAUCAUCUCUUAACAAUAAGAAAAUUUGAAAAAAAAAAAUCGAAAAACCGAUUGUGUGGUUCAAAAGUAUGUACGUAAAUCUCUCGAAUGAACUUGAAAUCACAAAAUCGGUCGAGAAUAUCUAAAUGAAUUUUCCCCUUCAAGUAUGAGUUCCGCAACAAGCACGAUUCGCUUGAAGCUUUCCAUACACCAGCCGCACGAAACUGAUUUCAUCUUUCUUACCUACUGAUUGUGGGGAGAGCGGGAGCAUUUACUUUUUCCUUCAUUUAUACAGGAUGCAACAAGCAUGAUUCCUGCGUUUCCAAAAACCCUUUCAUUAAGGAGAUCGCGAGAGGCUGUACCGCGUUCAUUUCCAAAAGGGAUUUCUCCAGAAUAUCACGCAUUUUAAUCAUUUAAACAAUUCAUCUGUUCUUCUCUCCUCUCCUUCCGCCCAUUGACAGAGGAACACAAUUUUUCGGACUCACUGACGCGUUCGGCUCGAUGCGUAAACAAGUGUGGAUUACCUAUGUACGAAGAUAAAAAAAAAAAACAAAAAACCAACAAAAAACAAAAAACAAAAUUCAGAGAAUAACACCUACAUUACAGCCUGGGUGUGAGUUUUAUCUUAUCGAAACUUAAUUCAAUUUUUUUAAAUAACCCACCCUCGUGUCAAAUGGGACACAUUCCGCGGCACUGCUCCGGGAGCAGUGUCGCGUCCUGCGGCCGGCGCCGCGCGGCGGCCGAACUUCGAUAUAUUCCACGCAAUCAAAUAGAACCGCCGCCAACCGGCGCCGCGCGACGGCUCCGAGCCAGUUUGGAGGAAAUUUGCGAACAGAAUUUCGCAGAAUUUGCGAACUGUGUCAACCGGUAGAGUAAUUAUGUGCGAAGGCCUUUGAUGCCCUAAAUGGUACCUAUAUUAUAUAAGUAGUUUUAUGAAAAAGUGAUUUGCUCAUUAUCAUUUGGUGUUUUAACCAUCAAACAUUCUAUUCAUCUCUCGCGUCGUAAUGUAGUUUUCUAUUUAUUUAUUACUCACUGGAUUCGCCCUUUAAAACUUAUAUAUCAAACUUUUGACCUGCAACUAAUAAAUGGAAGAUCGAUUUUUUUUUGUACAAGUGUAUAGUUAGCUUUGAAUAUAAAUAGUACUUUUUUGCAUCAACGCACUGCCCAUCAGCAAAUUUAGUCUGGAAUCGUGAUACGUUGCGUUUGAUCGUGCGUUUAUUCGUGUGCGAUGGAAAUAUUAAUCCCUGGACUGUCUGACGUCACUCGGGCACUGUUGACUAUCCUAUGCAUCUGCUUGACCCUGAUAUGGGGCAUUCACAAAUGGAAUAGGAGGCAUAAGGAGCGACUUGCUUCAAAGUUUCCUGGACCGACAGCUCUGCCUAUCAUCGGUAAUGCUCUGACACUUCUUAACAGAACUUAUUAUGACUUAUUAUGGACCGUUACCGGACUUUGUGAAGAGUAUGGAUCACCAUUUAAAUUCUGGCUCGGUAGUAAACUUCUUGUUUUCAUCACAAAACCAGAGGAUAUCCAGAUCAUUUUGAACAGCUCUAAAACAUUAGACAAAGAUGAGGUUUAUAAGUUUUCCGAGGCAGCGGUAGGCACCGGUCUGGUUACAGCACCACUCGAAAAAUGGAAGAAAACUCGAAAAAUACUUACGCCAUCUUUUUCCCCGAAAAAUAUCACAAGAUUUGUGCCUGUAAUGAACGAAAGAGCAAGAAUUAUGAUACAAAAGAUGCAACAUCACUGUGGUAGUGGUGUCGAAAAAGAUUUUUAUCCGUACUUCUUCACGGCUUCAUUUGACACACUCUGUGAGGCAUCUUUUGGGGUUCAGGUUGACUCUCAGCUAGGCCGAGGUCGAGAUUGGGCUCAAGUUAUUUUUCGCGUUACGCCUCUUUUCAUGGAACGAUUAUUUGCACCAUGGUUCUAUAUGGGCUACAUAUAUGAAAAAACAAGCACUGCAAAGAAGAUGAAAAAGGACUGUGACGAUUUUCGAGAAUUCAGCAAGAACGUAAUUGAUAAAAGGAGAAAACAUUUUUUCAAAAAACUGCGGCAACAAUAAUGGUGAUAUGAAUGAAGAUAUUGAUUGUCCGGAGUAUUUACUAGACGCCAUCCACAAUUCUCAAGAAGACAGCAUCUACACUUAUUCUGACACAGACAAGAUAGAUGAGGCUCUAACCUUCAUACUCUCG